AUGGCUUCAGACAAAGGACUCAUCUCUGUACUUGUCUUGUUAGAUKUCAGUGCUGCAUUCAACACCAUUGACCAUCAAAUUCUUUCAGGUUCUGUGUUAGGACCACUUCUAUUCAGUUUAUAUAUGAUUCCUGUAGGGAACAUUAUUAGGAAUCACACCAUUAAUUUUCAUUUUUAUGCUGAUGACACCCAAUUAUACUUAUCGAUCAAGCCUGAUAAAGCCAAUCAGUUAAUUAAACUUCAAGAAUGUCUUAAGGAUAUAAAAAGUUGGAUGACCRACAAUUUUCUGAUGCUAAAURCAGACAAGACUGAAGUUCUUGUAAUUGGACCCAAAAACCUCAGAAACUCUCUUUCUAGAGAAUUAGUUACUUUAGACGGGAUCACCCUGGCUUCCAGCUCCACCGUUAAGAAUCUCAGAGUUGUUUUUGAUCAGGAUCUUUCCUUUAAUGUCCAUAUAAAACACAUUUCAAAGACUGCUUUCUUCCACCUAUGUAACAUCGCCAAAAUUAGAUGCAUUGCUUCUCAAGCGGAUGCAGAGAAACUAGUCCAUGCAUUUGUUACUUCUAGGCUGGACUAUUGCAACUCUUUGUUAUCAGGUUGCUCCAAUAAGUCUCUUAGGACUUUGCAGCUAAUUCAGAAUGCUGCUGCACAUGUUCUAGCAGGAACCAAGAUCGGAGAUCACAUCUCUCCCAUUUUGGCUUCUUUACAUUGGCUACCGGUUAAAUCCAGAAUAGAAUUUAAAAUUAUCCUCCUUACAUACAAAGCUCUUCAUGGGCAAGCACCAUCAUAUCUUAAAGAGCUCAUAGUACCCUACUACCCCUCCAGAACACUACGCUCUCAGAAUGCUGGGUCC